AUGUUGAACUGUGCCGGUGACAGUGAUAUCUCCACCUUUGCUGACACAACCGCAGACCUGACUAGCAAGCAUUCUAUGGAGCAGCUAGCAAAAGUGCUGAGACUGAGAGUGAAGUCCAGCAUCAGCCUCAGCUGUUCAGCCCCAGGAUCGCUGUACACUACCUGCUCAGUGGCUGCGAAAAAGACCGGAGGCAAAGCCAGAGCCAAGGUAAAGACCCACUCCUCCCAUGCUGGGCUCCAGUUCCCAGUUGGCCGUGUUCACAGGCUCCUGCGCAAAGGAAACUAUGCGGAGCUUGUCGGUGCUGGUGCCCCCAUCUACGUGGCGGCUGUGCUGGAGUAUCUGACCACUGAGAUCCUGGAUUUGACUGGAAACGCUGCCCACGACAACAAGAAGACCCGUAUCAUCCCCCGUCACCUGCAGCUGUCUGUCCGCAACAACGAGGAGCUCAACUGGUGGUCAACCAGCUCAACUGGUGUGAUGAUGUGUUGCACUGACAGGAGAUGCCUGGUACGUGCUGUUGAUCAUGAAUAG